GAUUUCAUCUUACGUCACUAUAUAUCAAUCGUUAACCGAACCCCCCAAAUUGGGUAACCCUAAUUAAACCGGAAUCCGGUCAAUUAUCCAUAUAUCUAUACGUCACUCAUAUAUACACAUAUACACAUACAUUUAAUAUACAGCUCCCAAAAACAAGUCACAAAAGUGCAAAAUAGAAACAAAAAUUAUAAAUCAAAAUCAAUGGGAGUACCGGCGUUUUACAGGUGGCUGGCUGAUCGUUACCCAAAAUCCAUUGUUGACGUGGUGGAGGAAGAACUAUCCGGCGGUGGCGGUGUCGAAUUGUUGAAAGCGAAUCCAAAUAAUGUUGAAUUUGAUAAUUUGUAUUUGGAUAUGAAUGGAAUUAUUCAUCCUUGUUUUCAUCCAGAAGGAAAGCCUGCUCCUGCUACAUAUGAUGAUGUAUUUAAAUCGAUCUUUGAGUAUAUUGACCAUCUCUUCUCAUUGGUGCGGCCCAGAAAAUUACUUUAUAUGGCGAUAGAUGGUGUGGCUCCUAGAGCCAAAAUGAAUCAACAACGGUCCCGGCGUUUUAGGGCUGCUAAAGAUGCCGCUGAAGCUGAAGCCGAAGAAGAGAGGUUAAGAGUUGAAUUUGAAGCCCAGGGAGCCGCACUUGCUCCUAAAGAGAAACUUGAAACAUCUGAUUCGAACGUUAUCACACCUGGAACUCAAUUUAUGUCCGUGCUAUCUGUGGCCCUCCAGUAUUUUAUACAGUGUAGAUUGAAUCACAAUCCUGGAUGGCAGUUUACAAAGGUGAUUCUUUCUGACUCAAAUGUGCCCGGUGAAGGGGAACACAAAGUGAUGUCGUUUAUUCGGUUACAGCGUAAUCUUCCCGGCUUCAAUCCGAAUACUCGACACUGUCUUUAUGGAUUGGAUGCAGAUCUUAUUAUGCUGUCUUUAGCUACUCAUGAGGUCCACUUCUCGAUAUUGAGGGAGGUGAUCACAAUGCCUGGUCAGCAGGAGAAAUGUUUCCAAUGUGGCCAAGUAGGUCAUCUAGCUGCUGAGUGUCGUGGUGAUAUGAAUGGGAAGCCUUUGGAUGAUAUUCCAAUUCAUAAAAAGAAAUAUCAGUUUCUCAACAUUUGGGUGUUGCGAGAGUAUUUGCAAUAUGAUUUGGAGAUUCCAAAUCCUCCUUUUGAGGUCAGCCUGGAAAGACUGGUGGAUGAUUUUGUAUUUCUUUGUUUUUUUGUGGGCAAUGACUUUCUUCCCCAUAUGCCUACAUUAGAGAUUCGAGAGGGUGCUAUAAAUCUGCUAGUGCAAAUCUAUAGAAAGGAGUUUGCAGCAAUGGGUGGUUAUCUUACCGACUGCGGGGAGGUCUCGCUGGACAGAGUUGAGCACUUUAUUCAGGCAGUUGCAAUUCAUGAAGACCAAAUCUUUCAAAAGCGUGCCCGCAUACAUAGGGCGUAUGAGAACAAUGAAGAAUAUAAACGUAAAGCAAGACAAGAGGUUGAUGAGGAGCCUGUGGCUCCUGUGGUGGAUAAGAUUAAAUUGGGGGAACCUGGGUACAAGGAAAGGUAUUAUAACGAGAAGUUAAAUUUGUCAGAUCCAAAGGAGGUUGAAAAAGUUAAAAGGCAAAUGGUAUUGAAUUACGUGGAGGGAUUAUGCUGGGUCUGUCGGUAUUACUAUCAGGGUGUUUGCUCUUGGCAGUGGUAUUAUCCGUAUCAUUAUGCCCCAUUUGCAUCUGAUCUUAAAGAUUUAGCUGAUCUGGAAAUAACCUUUUUUUUGGGGGAGCCAUUUAAGCCCUUUGAUCAGCUUAUGGGAACUUUGCCAGCUGCAAGUUCAAAUGCUCUGCCCGACAAUUAUAGAAAACUGAUGACUGAUCCAUCAUCACCCAUAAUCAACUUCUACCCUUUUGAUUUUGACAUCGACAUGAAUGGAAAGCGUUUUUCAUGGCAGGGUGUAGCCAAAUUGCCAUUUAUUGAUGAGAAGAGGCUACUUACUGAAACAAGAAAGCUUGAGGACACUUUAACAGCUGAAGAGCGAGCUCGAAAUAGUGUUUUCUUUGAUUUAUUGUACGUAUCUCCACGUAGUAGCUUGGCCCCACAAGUUUAUGGGUAUUAUAAUUAUUUUUAUCAUACACACCCAAGUCAAAGGAUCUCCUGGCCAGUUGAUGUAUACGCUAGUAAUGGAAUGAAUGGUUUUCUGUGGUUGUCUGAGAGAAAUGGUUGGAAACAAGUAUAUCAGUCCCCUAUCAGUGGUUUGGAGGAUAUUGUGGAUAACCAUGUGCUGAACAUUACUUAUAUCAAUCCAUCACCCCAUAAACAUAUUCCAGAACCUCCAAGAGGAGUAACUAUGCCAAAGAAGAUUUUGACAUCUAUUGAUAUCAAACCUCUGCCUAUUUUAUGGCAUGAAGACAAUAGUGGGCGUCGCCCUCAAGGGAGUUACAAUAAUAGGCCUCAAGUACCGGGGGCAAUACAUGGAAAUGUGUUGGGAGAAGCUGCUCACCGUCUCUUAAACAACUCACUAAAUAUCAGAUCUGGUGGUAAUUCUCCCGGAUUCUAUAACCAAUCACAGCACAGAAAUGGUCCAAACAACAAUCUGCAACAUAGGCCCAGACCAGCUGGACCAUCAGGUUACCAAAGGAAUUACAACGAGGGUUCAAGUUACAACAAUUAUCCUAAUCCUAGGGGGAUAAUUCCUAGGCCUAAGUUCGGAUACUCUCCUAAUAACUUUCAAGCGAAUAGACAGAAUUCAAGACAGCAAGAAAGUUAUACAUACCAAGACCAGUACCAAGAUCUGAAUAAUGGCAUGGCUGGUUUACAUAUGGAAAGUGGGCCUAGAAACAAACCAUAUACAGUUAGGAUGGCGCAACCACAGACCGCACAUAAUCAGAACCUUCGUAACUUUCCAACUCCGCCUCCCUAUAGGCCCCCCAUAAUGGUAGAUAGAAAUCAACAAGCAAAGAAGGUUUAUCAAAUCAAGACUCGGGAUUGACAAUACUCUGAUUCUGGAAUAUGAAUCCAAUGUAAUUUGUAUUUUGGUGUAGCAUUGUACCUCAUCUCUGUUCUGGAGGAUGUAAAAUUAUUGCCACCAUAAAGUUGGGCGGGUGAUCAUUGGUAAUUUAAGAGACGUUAGAGGCUGGUUUUGUUGUAUAUCUUAGCUGUAUAUACGACAGGAUUAGUGAUGGUUAUAGAUUGGAUAGAGAGAGUGUUUCACUGGUUCAGCAUCCUCUUCUAAUGUUCAUGGGGUUGAUGAACAACAUUGUGUAUUUAUUUUUAUUGUUACUAGAGAAUAUUUAUGUUUACAACCGGAAUUGUGUAGCUUUAUCUGUUUAUUAUAUUUUGAAAUUUAUCUUGUUUUCAUUCA